AUGGUGGAGUUGGAGGGUCAGAUACAGGACCUUCAUGAAGCUAAUGAGAGCGCAGUGAUGAAACUGGACAGGGCAGAGAGGAAGAUUGCGGAGUUAGAGAGACAGAAUCGUGCCCUGGCCUCAUCCACUGAAGUCUCCUCAAACAACCAUAAGGUGUUGCGAGAGUGGGAUCAGUUGCCUGGUAACCGUUAUAAUGGAGACAGGAACUUCGCCUCUAGAGAGGAGUCUCGUGGAUUGGAGCGGGAGCUGAGGGACAGCAGCAAGAAUCACGACUCACUGAGACCAGAGUGGGACAGGCAAGUGACUGGGGGAUACAGCUCAGUGAGACAGGAGUCCCAUCAUUACAUAUCCUCUCAUGAGGAUGUGAGGAAGCUUGACUCCUCCUUGGAGGGCCAUGGGAGGAUAGAUAAGCUAGAUGAAGAGUCAUCCAGACACAGACAAGAGAUGGGAGACCUUCUGCAGCGGCCCUCCUCAGCUCAUGGCUACCUGGAUCACUCAGCCCUUAGGGAGACAUCAGACAGGUACUACCAGUACCCUCAGCCACAUAGGACCUCCACUAUGAACCGGAUACACCUGAGUGGCAGACAAGACGGGAGCCCCAACCACCACGCAGGUUACGAGCGACACAGGGGUGGGGAUGAGUGGGUCAGUGGUGGUAAUGUGGAACGAGGCCUGUCCCCCCGAUCUGCAGGGUCGGAGUUCAGGCACUUGCCACACCUGACUCCACCAAGACACAGGGGUGACAAGUCAAGACAAAGGCCAGGGUUUAGGAAUCCCUCUGAGCCAGUGUCCCACCUGUCACCUCCACGAUAUUCUGUUCCUGAUGGUGAUGACACAGCCAGAAGCACCUCGGCCCUGUCAGACUGCAGUGACUCCACCGCCGCCCUGGUCUACACCUCAGGAAGUGCAGGGUCACCUCCAGCCCCACUCAGCCAUGUACAGCCCAGGAUUCACUACACCCACCACACCAGCAACUUGCCAGAGCCAAGAAGCUGUGGUGUAGACAAAGAUGAUCUGAGCGACACAGAAACAGAGGUGUUAUUAUACAAUCUGCCCCCAUCCCGCCAAGCCCCGCCCUCUCGUCAGGCACGGCCCAGACAGACAGUACGAGAACGGGCCAUGGAUACAGACAAGUCCAUCUUUAAAAGAAGGUCAAGGUCAUUGGACUUCAGAGACAUGCGUGGGAGUCCCCAGUCUCGUCCUCUCCCCCCACAUAGAAUGUCCCCCUCACAACAACAGUCAGAGCGCUCAAGCCUCAGGUUCCCGUCCACAGAGAGACUCAGUGAGGGUACAGAUCACCCUCAUGUGAACCCUGACCCUUCUACGUCAGCAGGCUUCAGAACUGUCAGCCCUCCACCAAUCAACACACAGAGAAACAAACCUCCACAGAGGUCACAGAGAAAUGCCUUGAUGAAUUCUACAGUUGGUCUAAAGCCAUUUGCACCUCGCAGCCCUAAUGAUAUUCAACUUGGUGAUGUAGUAAAGUUCUCCAGACAAGGAGGAAAAAUAAGUCGUGGCUGGGUGAAAUAUGUCGGUCAUCUUCCAGGUCGUGGGGACAUUUACCUCGGAGUGGAAUUAGAGAGAGAUGAGGGCAAGCAUGAUGGAGUGUUUGAAGGUGUUCGCUACUUCCAGUGCAAACCCAACAAGGCUGUGUUUGUGGCAUUCAACAAGGUUGUGAUGGCGUGGGCGAAUCCAGAGGUUCAGGUUUACGAUAUUACAGAGUAAUCACAGCUCCGUGAUUACCAGUAGUGCUCUGCGUCUUACA